UACUUGUUUUAUUGUUGCUGGCGAGUCGCUUGUAGCGUUGAUUCAGUAUAUCAUCUUUGGAGCGGAUUUUGUUUUGUUUGUGAUCAAUAUCCUUUUUACGUGGACAAAGCCAUAUUCGUUGAAUCUUCAACUCUCAAUCGAUUGAAAAUGUCUCAACUACAGUUGCUGCGUGAGUUUUUAAAUGAGCGUGUAAUGGCUGCUGCUGUCGACAUUUUUGGGGCAGUUGAGAAAACGGUAGCUGAGUACCAAGAGGAAAAUGAUCGUCUACGGAGACUGCUGCGGAUAGAUUCCUUGCAGGUCUCUCUCGCUGUCUCUGAAGAGGAGGUUCUCCCUGAGCAUCAGCAUUGUGAGCAGGAGUGGAGCUUCAGUUUGGGACAGGAGAACACUGAAGCCACACAGAUUAAAGAGGAAGAGGAGCAAAUCAGUCAGGAGGAAGAACGGCUUCAAGAGCUCUUUGAUACCAAAAAUGCCACUUUCACUCCUGCCUGUGUGACAAGUAAAUGUGAUCAGGUGGACCCCUUGACUCCUCAUAUCCAGACUUUGGAGAACAGAGGGUGUGACCCGAAACAAAUGAAUCUCACACCUUUUGGUACUGUGACUCCGCUUAAGGCUCUCAACAUUCCAUGCAACCCUCCAAAUAAUCAAAACAAUGCAUCCAGCCACAGCACAGCCGAAAGCAGUGACCCAAUAGGACUCGACAGCAGCCCAACAUUAGAUCCCAGCCCACCAUUGACUCACAACCCACCAUUUAAGAAACACAGAUCCAAACCCAGCAACACAGCUAUAAAAACUCUCCGCUGCUGUGACUGUGGUGAAACAUUUGCUCUAAAAGCUGACCUGCAGAUGCAUGUGACUCUCGCCAAGAAGCAACCCAGUGAAUGCCAAUUCUGCAAAAAUUUCUACAGUUCUACCUGUAAACUGAAGGCCCAUGUCAGACUGUGUCAUGAUGGGAAAACCAGCACCUGCCCCUAUUUUGGAAAGACCUUCAAACUAGAAGGAGAUCUGUCCAAGCACAUGAUUCACACAGGAGAGAAACGAUUUAGCUGUGGUGACUGUGGGAAGAGCUUUAAUCGCAAGGGGAAUCUAACCCAACAUAUACUGACUCACACAGGGGAGAAAUCAUUUAGUUGUGGUGACUGUGGGAAAAGCUUCAGUCUCAAGAGGAACCUAACCGAACAUGUUCGGACUCACACAGGAGAGAAACCAUUUAGCUGUAGUGACUGUGGGAAGAGCUUCAAACAGAAGGGACACCUAACCAUGCAUAAACUGACUCACACAGGAGAGAAACCAUUUAGCUGUGGUGACUGUGGGAAGAGUUUCAAUCGCAAGCAGCCCCUAAACAUGCAUAAACUGACUCACACAGGAGAGAAACCAUUUAGCUGUGUCGACUGUGGGAGAAGUUUUAAUUUGAAGGACUCCCUAAAGAAACACAAAUUUACUCACACAGGAGAGAAACCCUUUAGUUGUGGUGACUGUGGGAAAAGCUUCUAUCAGAAGGGGCACCUGAACGUGCACAAACGGACUCAUACUGAUUCACACAAGAGAGAAACAAUUUAGCUGUGGGAAAAGCUUUAGUGUCAAGGGGAACCUAACCAUGCACAAACUGACUGCUGCUCAGGCUAGGAUUCCGUCAUAAGUAGAGGUCGGCCGAUCAUGAUUUUUCAUGCCGAUACCGAUUAUUGGAGGACCAAAAAAUGCCGAUACCGAUUAAUUGGCCGAACAUUUUUUAA